AUCCUCUCUUGUCUCUUUCCCCUCUGGUUGCAGUGACGGGGACGGCGUUCCGUCCGUCUUCCUGUCCUGCGCGAACGACUUUGACGACAACCCGAAAAGUAUCUUGAAAGCAUCGCGGAUCCAGCAUCUAUUAAAACGCAAGGACUGACGUCUCACGAUAUACUUGACUCGACGAUCGACUGCUUUACUCUCGGGCCUCAAAACGACCGCGGCUCUGAUCAUCCUGCAAGACGAUCUCUGCGCUCGCUCGAUAUAUAAACGUUGGGCACGAACAUCCAGCCAAGAAUCCUCCCAUACCCGUAGCGCAUAGCAUCCUAUUUGUGCUCCCGUCGUCAUCAUGUCGACCCCAGUCACACCAUUUAUCCCACCGCAACCCGGGUUCUCCCCCGCGAGCGUCUCCAACCAGCUUUCGCCUCCGCCCCUCGUUGAUCGCCCUCCACAGCCUGGCGAGCGCCCGGGCUGGCCCACCAUCGACAUGACCAACAUGGGCAACUUCCCGAUGGGAUACCCGACACCGCAAGGACUUGUUGUUCCCAUGAUGCCCGGCGUCUUUCCGGGCGCUCAACACUUCACGCCCGCCGCACCUGCGGGUGGCAUCCCGCAGUCCUACUUCAUACCUCCAGUGGCUUUGCCCCCCGCUGGCGCCCCAGGGUCUACGCACCAAGUCGACCCUCAUACGGGUUUGUCAAAUGAUUGGAUCGGCUUUGAGCAGGCGCAGCGUCUAGCGGGACGUACCCCUGCAGCGCCUCACGCCGCACUGCAUGGUGGUGGUGCUCCCUCAGGUUGGCCCACUCCCGCAGCCUCGACAGCGUUCGUAACACCCAUGAUGGGUACCAUGCCCAUGGCUGGGAUGGGCGGUUGGCCACAGGUAGCGCCUGCUGGAUGGCCCGGGGCGACGGCACAAGCGCAGGCACAAGCUCAGGCAGCAGCUAUGGCAGCAGCGACACCUGGAUGGGGCAUGGGCGGGAUGCUGCUUGCGAGCCCAGGCGUACCUAAUCAGCCGAUGGCGCCUCCCAUGACUCGCAGCCGGAAGAGCUCUUUCGGACCUCACAAGGAAUCCGGCGAUAGGGUACCGCGCUUUACUCCGGGACCGAACUAUGGACCUGUACUUGAACCUUUCGUGGCCAAGGUGGUCAGAGCCCACUUGGAGCUGAACCCGCUCCUGCAAGCGCCCGCAGACAAUCACUCCCCGGACAAAGACCCGCCCUACCUCAAAUGGUGCAUGCUCUUCCCCGAAUCCUUCUGCCAGCGCUCCUCCGACCCUCCGCACCGCUCAUGGAUGGUCGGGCGCGACGAACCCGCGACCUUCCCGCGCGUCACCCACCUCCGGAUCAUCUCGCCCUCCUUCCCGUGGACGGUCGACGUCCGGGCCGAGGACCGCGGGAUCGGCGUUACCUGCGGGGACGUCAUCCAGCAGCUCGACAAGUUCCUGCACGAGCUCGUCCGGAAGGAGGAGUAUGCGCACGCGGGCAAACAGCGGAGCAAGAUGAUGAACGAGGCCUACCACUUCAAUCGCUCGACGGCGCACGGCGUUCCCGGCGGGCGCCUCGGUGCGGGGAUGCGCAGGCUUGAUUGGCUGUGCCGGGAGACGAUGUGGGGCGGGCUGGAAGAGAACGACCGGUACGUGCGCGAGCACGCGGCGGGGCUGUCGUGCACGUUCGUGUUGACGUGCAAGAAGAUGUACGCGCUGACCGAGGAGGAGAUCCGGAACCAGGAGCAGCUUGAGGCGGAGGCCCGGUCUCGUCCGCGCUCUGUGCUUUCGAGGCACUCGAGGUCCAGGAGCCGAGGGCCUGACUGAAAAUCCCUUUCUCUCCUGGCCUCAAUAUACUCUCCUGGCCUCGGUACACUAUCGGCAAUCUGGUCCCAUACGUACUGCAAUCAUCCCCCUUAUCCCAUCUAAUUGACCGUCAAUAUUUGCAAUCUCCGCAUAUACGUCUUCUCUCAAAUCGCUAUUCCGUUUGCUGUCUUGCCUUGUGUUAUGUUGUAUGUACUUUUUUUGUACGGAUUUUUGGAUGUUAAGACCCCGAGUAUGUAUAUGCUCAAAAUAUAAUCGCUAAGGAGC